AUGUCGACUACCGAGACUGUGAACUUGGAAGAGACGACGCCAAUCAUUCCAAAGACCUGCAAGGCUGGCGUUGUAGUCAACCCUGGUCCUGACUUCAGCAUUGAAGUCCAAGAUAUCCCAGUACCUGAGAUCGGCCCUGAGGAGGUCUUGAUCAAGCUCAAUGUCACCGGUCUCUGUAUGAGCGAUGUCCACUUCAUGAUGGAGGACUGGGGCAUGCCACCAAUGUCCCAAUUCGGCACCAAGUGCGCCGGCCACGAGGGUGCAGGUGUCAUCGUCAAAGUUGGAGAGCGUGUCAAGAACCUCAAGGUUGGGCAAAGAGCAGGACUCAAGCCUAUCCAGGAUGUUUGUCACACUUGCGAGUACUGCAAGACAGGAAGGGAGACCUACUGUCUGAGUUGUGUCAUGACUGGUCUUCAUAUUGAUGGCUCUUACAAGCAAUACAUCGUCUCACCUGAGCGCUACACAUCACUCAUUCCUGAUGGUGUGCCAGACGAGAUUGCUGGACCUAUCAUGUGCUCUGGUAGCACUGCAUACACGUCCAUCAAAGAGUCUGGCCUUCGUCCUGGUCAAUGGGCUGUCUUCCCCGGUGGUGGCGGUGGUGUCGGUAUGCAAGCCGUCCAGCUGGCCAUUGCCAUGGGUCUUCGAGCCAUCGUCAUCGACACUGGAGCUGAGAGAAAGGAGACUUGUCUGAAGUACGGCGCAGAUGAGUUCAUCGAUUUCAAGGAGGUCGAAAACCCAGUUGAGAAGGUGUUGGAACUGACCGGAGGAGGUGCUCAUGCUGUGUUUGUUACUGCUGUUCAAUCAUACCCCAUCGCCCAAGGUUUCCUCGGCCACAGAGCUGGUGCUCAAGUCAUGUGCAUUGGUCUUCCUCCUGCUGGAAAGUACAACAUGGAGGUCAACCCUUCAGCACUCGCUUUCCGCAACCAGUCCAUCAAGGGUACGCUCGUUGCCGGUAUGGCUGAUGUUGAUGAGACCAUGGACUUUGCUCGUAGGGGAAAACUUCGCCUCGAGCCUACCGUCGUUGGCCUCUCCAAGUUCAACGAAUCCGUACAGAAGUUGAAGAACGGACAAGUCGCUGGUCGCAUUGUCGUCGACUUCAACAAAGAGUAA